GCAGCACGAGGAAUAAACAGGAAUAACGGAGAGACGGUUAGCUGGACGAAUGGCACUCAUGGCCGGGAUUAUUUACGCGCUCACCUCACUUUUCCUGGGGAUUUGUGCAGGUCUGUCCGCUUCAUGGAAUUAUCCGGCGAAUGAAGUCCCGCUGCUGGAUUCCAGAUCAGUGCUGGGAGAACUGGCAUGGGUCGCCAGCCCGACGGAAGGAGGGUGGGAAGAGGUGAGCAUCAUGGACGAGAAGAACAUCCCCAUCAGAACAUACCAGGUGUGUAACGUCAUGGAGCCCAGUCAGAACAACUGGCUCAGGACUCACUGGAUACGGCGUGGCCCGGCCCAGCGUAUCUACAUCGAGAUUAAAUUCACCCUGCGUGACUGUAACAGCCUGCCCGGCGUCAUCGGCACAUGCAAAGAGACGUUCAACCUCUACUACCUCGAGUCUGACUCCGAUAACGAGCGCUACGCUCACGAGAGCCACUUUGCUAAGAUCGACACGGUGGCAGCGGACGAGAGCUUCACGCAGGUGGAUAUCGGUGAUCGGAUCAUGAAGCUGAACACUGAGGUUCGGGAUGUCGGCGUCAUGAGCCACGCGGGCUUCUAUCUGGCCUUUCAGGAUGUAGGAGCUUGUAUCGCGCUGGUUUCUGUCCGUGUGUUUUAUAAAAAGUGUCCGCUAGCCGUGAGGAACCUAGCGCAGUUUCCUGACACCGUAACUGGGGCGGACACGUCGUCCCUGGUGGAGGUGCGCGGCUCCUGUGUGAAUAAUUCGGAAGAGCAGGAGGUUCCCAAAAUGUACUGUGGCGCAGAUGGAGAGUGGCUGGUGCCCAUCGGGAAUUGCCUGUGUAACCCUGGAUACGAGGAAAGGAAUGAGCAAUGUCAAGUGUGUAAGGUGGGCUACUACAGGUCUCUUUCUUCAGACGUUGGUUGUCGUAAAUGUCCACUGCACAGUUACUCCAUGAAAGAAGGAGAAACUUCCUGUGAUUGUGACCAGGGAUAUUACAGAUCGGAGACCGAUCCGGCUGCCAUGCCUUGCACACGUCCUCCAUCCGCACCACACAAUCUGAUAUCUAAUGUCAACGAGACGUCUGUGCUGUUGGAAUGGAGUCCGCCCAUCUCCUCCGGAGGCCGCCAGGAUCUCACCUAUAACGUGGUGUGUAAGCAGUGUGUGCGAGACACGCAGAGAUGCGCGAUGUGCGGGGACGACGUGCGAUACUCUCCGCAGCGUCUAAGUCUGCGCUCCACGCGGGUGUCCGUUCACCAGCUGCAGGCGCACACCAACUACACCUUCCAGAUCUGGGCCGUCAACGGGGUGUCCAAACACAACCCCAGCCUGGAGCAGGCCGUGUCCGUCACGCUCACCACCAACCAGGCUGCUCCCUCUACGGUCAUGACUGUUGAGAGUAAGGACAUCACCCGCCACACGCUCUCUCUGCUCUGGGACGAACCCGAGAAGCCCAACGGUGUCAUACUGGAAUAUGAGGUUAAAUACUACGAGAAGGACCAGAAUGAGAGGAGUUAUCGCAUCGUGAAGACGAUGUCUCGAAAUGCUGAUAUCAAAGAUCUGACCCCGCUGACCUCCUACGUGUUUCACGUGCGCGCUCGCACCGCCGCGGGCUACGGAGAGUUCAGCGCCCCCUUCGAGUUCAGCACCAACACUGUCGCAGCUCCUGUUGUUGGAGGAUUCAUGAGCUCUGCUGUGCUUCUGCUGCUGGUGGCCGGGUGUGUUGUUGUUCUCCUCCUCACCCUCAUCAUUACCUUCAUCAUCACCAAAAGGAGGAGCAAAUACAGCAAAACUAAACAGGCCGAGGAGAAAAACCUGAAGCCAGCAGGGGUGAGAAUAUAUGUGGACCCUUUCACCUACGAAGACCCCAACCAGGCCAUCAGGGAGUUCGCUAAGGAAAUCAGUACCUCGUGUAUCAAGAUCGAGAAGGUGAUCGGCAUCGGGGAGUUUGGCGAGGUGUGCAGCGGCCGUCUCAAACUUCCUGGAAAGCGUGAGAUCUGUGUGGCCAUCAAGACGCUGAAGGCGGGGUUUACCGAGCAGCAGAGGCUGGACUUCCUGAGCGAGGCCAGUGUGAUUGGCCAGUUUGAACAUCCCAAUAUCAUUCACCUGGAGGGCGUGGUCACCAAAUGCAAGCCAGUUAUGAUCAUCACUGAGUACAUGGAGAACGGCUCACUGGACAUGUUUCUCAGAAAGAACGACGGUCGCUUCACUGUUAUCCAGCUGGUGGGCAUCCUGAGAGGAAUCGCGUCCGGUAUGAAAUAUCUAUCCGACAUGAGUUACGUUCACAGGGACCUCGCAGCACGCAACAUCCUAGUAAACAGCAACCUGGUGUGCAAAGUCUCAGAUUUUGGGAUGUCCAGAGUGCUGGAAGAUGAACCAGAAGGAGCGUAUACCACCAGGGGAGGAAAGAUUCCAAUCCGCUGGACUGCUCCAGAAGCCAUCAUGUACAGGAAGUUCACCUCGGCCAGCGACGUGUGGAGUUACGGCAUCGUCAUGUGGGAAGUGAUGUCAUAUGGCGAACGACCAUAUUGGGACAUGAGCAACCAGGAUGUGAUAAAGGCAAUAGAGGAAGGCUACCGGUUGCCGCCGCCCAUGGAGUGCCCGCUGGCUCUGCAUCAGCUCAUGCUGGAGUGCUGGAUGAGGGAACGUGCAGACAGACCCAAAUUCAGCCAGAUAGUCAACAUGCUGGACAAACUCAUACGCAAUCCCGCCACGCUCAAGAGGACGGCAGGAGACGCCAGCAGGCCCCACCCAUCCAUGCUUCACCACACCCCCUCUGAAGGCUCCGCCCCCUCUUUGAGUUCUGUGGAUGAAUGGCUGAAAAUCAUUGGACUUGAGCAAUACAGAGAAAACUUCAACACAGCAGGAUACUGCAGCUUAGAAAGCGUCAUGCCCAUGAGUCAUGAGGAUCUGGCCAAAAUGGGAAUCUCAUGCAGUGCACAUCAGAGGAAAAUCCUGAGCAGCGUCCAGGAUUUAUUGUCUGGAAUGCAUCGAAGACAAGACACAAAGAUUUCUGUCUGAGCUGUGACGAAGGGAAAAAAACAAUGCAUCAUGUUGGUUGAAUGCAUGAAUUACGGAAGAGACGGAAUAUUUCACAUCACUCUUGCA